CGAUAAAAUAUCUUAUCGCUUUAGUUAACUGAAAUUUUCCAACCCACUCUGAAUUUAAAUCCUGAAUCCGCGGCCGACAAAAGGAUAAUGAAAAGUAGCACCCACAUGUCUUUGCAUAUAGAAGAACAUUUGUUUUCUAUCCACUGCUAGUGCUAAGAAGAUUAAUUUCAUCAAUUUGAGAGAGAGAGAGAGAGAAAGAAGAUCAGAAAUAUGGCUGAAGGUGUUGUCACAGUUGUGGCGGAAGGGAUCAAGCCGCUGGGAGACUUCAUCAUUCAGCAAGCGAAGUUCUUGAGCGGGGUCAGCUAUCAAGUUGAGCUUGCACAAGUUGAACUUCACUUGAUCCGGGGCUUCCUCAGAGAUGCAGAUGCAAGACAAGGAGAAGAAGAGGUAGUCCGCAUUUGGGUUAAACUGAUUAGAGAUGCUGCUUAUGACUUGGAGGAUGUCACUGAAUCUUUUGCCUUGAAAGUGGCUUCCAGGAGGAGAGGAGGUACUGUGAAGAUUGUUCUCAAAAGGUUUGCCUGCAUCUUUAAUGAAGGACUUGAUCGAUACAAGAUUGGGUCCGAAAUUGAGGAUAUUAUGACCAAACUUUCUCAUCUGAGGUCGAGUUUGCAAAAUUAUGACAUCAGGCAAAUAAGAGGGGUUGAAAGUGUGGCUUCAGUUUUCAAGGGGCAACGAGAUAGGAGGCUAACUUAUGGUCAUGAAGUUGAAAGUCAUAUUGUUGGGUUGAAGGAAAACACGGAUACGCUGGUGAAAGAGUUGGUAAGAGAAGGAAAGCGACACCGUGUUGUUUCUAUUUGGGGGAUGGGCGGCUCCGGAAAAACCACUCUUGCAAAACAGGUUUUUCUUCAAGAUGAAGUUAAGCGUCAUUUUGAUUGUUCUGCUUGGGUCUGUGUAUCUCAACAAUGUGAAGGAAGAGAUGUUUUGGAAGAGAUUUUCAUUAAACUCAGUUCCCCAACACAAGAGCAAAGGAAAGAAAUUGCCAAGAUGAGAAAAGAUGAAAUAGCAGAGAAGGUUUGUAGUAUCCAACGAGAAAAGAGAAGUCUGGUGGUCCUUGAUGACAUAUGGACUCACGAGGCAUGGGAUUCCAUAAAAGCUGGAUUCCCAAUCAAUGAGGAAACAGAGAGCCGGAUAUUACUCACCACUCGUAAGAAAGAAGUUGCCUCGUUUGUGUCCAGAAAUGAUUUUCUCCACCAACCUCAACCUCUAGAUGACAAGCAAAGCUGGGAACUGUUUGAAAAGAUUGCGAUAUCUAGAAGAGAGGAAACAGACCAGGAAAUUUAUGCAAAGAAGAGAGAAUUAGGAAAGAAGAUGCUCGAUCGUUGUUCAGGUUUUCCAUUAGCCAUCAGUGUGCUCGCUGGUCUUUUAAGUAGAAGAGAGACAGAUGCUGAAUGGGAAACUGUACUUGGAAGUGUUGAUGCAUACAUAAUGAGAGGCUCAAAUGUACUUGAAAGAGAAAACACCGGUCAAGAAUAUGGUGUAUCGGGUGUCUUGGCAUUGAGUUAUGAUGACUUACCAUCUCACUUAAAACUCUGUUUUCUAUACUUAGCCCAUUUUCCUGAGGAUCAUGAGAUACCGGUAAAAAGAUUGACUCAAUUAUGGAUUGCAGAAGGUUUUAUAACUUCAACGUCAGAAAUGCAUGUCUCAGUGGAAAUAUUGGAAGAAGUAUCGUAUAGUUGCCUAGUUGAAUUGGUGGAAAGAUCUAUGAUUCAAGUUGCAGAAUAUGGUUUAAGUGGGAAGGUGAAAAGUUGCCGUCUCCAUGAUCUUAUGCGAGACUUGUGCUUGCAAAAGGCAGAAGAGGAGAAUUUUCUCCGAAUUAUUAACUUUUCUGCAGGUCUGGUAUAUAAGAAAGCACUAAUUGGUAAGGUUCGAAGACUUGCCAUCUACUUGGAUGAAAAUGUUAAAUAUGAGUUGAGUGGUAAGGUUAGAAGAGAUGGCCACAUUAGGUCUCUAUUAUACUUUGCCCCAAAAAACUUCUACCCAGAGUGGAACAUAAGAGUAAUGCGAUCAGUAUUCAAUGACUUCAAAUUGCUUAGAGUUCUUAAGUUUGAAAAUAUAUAUGAAGAUUUUGAGUUACCAAAGACGAUUGGGAAUCUAGUCCACUUGAGAUUUCUGAGUCUAAAGGAUAGUGCAUUUCGUGCCUUGCCAUCAUCUGUAUCUAAUCUGGUACUUUUGCAAACUCUAGAUCUGCGUGGUUGUGAUUUAGUACCCUUUUGGUUUGGUCGGUACAGGGUGACCAAAAUCAGAAAUGUGUUUUGGAAUAUGGAGCAACUGAGGCAUUUAUAUUUACCUUCUGAGCACUCUGUAAGUGGUAAGAAACUGUCAUUAGCAACGCUGUGCAAUUUGCAGACGUUGGUCAAUGUUUCAAUCAAGAAUUGUGAUUUGAAUGAUCUUGUUCAAUUAACCAAUCUGAAGAAACUAUGCAUAACUGCAUCACAGUCUAGUGACUUGCAAAAGUUGAAGGACAUGUUGAUAUCAAGAAGCAUAACAUUUAAACAUCUUCGGUCGCUAUCUCUGACGGCAGGCCGAUAUGGUGAGGAGGAUAUACCAAGAGAUAUAGUAUUAAGGUGUCCUCAUUUAUACAAGCUGCUCUUGAGGGGGAAAAUGACAGAGUUACCGCAAGAGCUCUUGGACUAUGCAAACCUCACCAAGAUGACAUUGAUUAAAACAAAUCUGAAGGUUGGCCAGAUAGAAAUAGUGGAGAAGCUGCCCAAGUUAAGGGUGCUUUACCUCGGUGCUCGUUCUUUGGAAUCAGAAACAUUGGUUUUCUCCCAAGGAGGCUUUCCUCAUCUGGAAUUUCUUACCCUUACGGAUUUGGAAGAUUUGAAGGAGUGGAGGGUGGAGAAAGAAGCCAUGCCUAGUCUUCAGAGAUUGCGCAUUCAAUGGUGCGGAGAAUUGCGGGCAGUUCCAGAUGGGCUUCAGGAGAUUACUACCCUCAAGGAAUUAACAAUUAACUGGAUGCGCAGUACAUUCUGCAGCAGAGUUGAGGAAGGAGGAGAGGAUUUCUACAAAAUCAAACAUGUGCCUUCUCUUAUAAUCACAAAUACUCGACCGGAUAAGCCAGAAAUGGAGGAAGCAGCAGGUGUGUCUCAAGUAGUUGCGGGUCCAGCCGGUGACUCUCAUCAGGAAUCAACUGUGGACGCUCCUCCUCCUCCUCCUCCUGAUGAGAAAACAGAGGAAAUACAAGCUUCAUCCACUCCUUAGUGAAAUCCACAAGUUCGACUCUGUUGCAGCCUGAUUACAACCGACGUGAACAAGGCUAGAGCCUAGAGGCUUCAAUUUGAUUACUUACUUAUGAUAGCCGAUCCAUACGGCCCUUCUUUAAUUCUCCAUUGCCUCUCUUUCUUCUUCUGCUGCGGCAGAUGAGCUGCUUUCUUCCCCCAGUCCCCCGCCGCUUCACACGGACCAGUCACACAGUUAUGUUUACACUGUAAUUUGAUAUCCAAGUCUACAUUCUAUGGGCUUUUCUACCCAGACCAUCUCAAACCCCUUUUUAGGUUCUUCAUCCCGCACGGACAAGGCAACAUUCUUCCGCGGCAGCUGCUGUGACUUAUGUGCCAGCUUCCUCGUAUUCAGCUGAUUGAUCCAAUUGCAAGAUAUUACGGGCUUAAGCGUGGACAAGUUGUGAAGAUAAUCUGGCCGAGUGAGACUGCAGGACGAUAUGUCACCUACCGUUGCGUUAUCUAAGUACUUUUAUUGUAAGCUGAAACCUGGAUUGCGUUAGUGUUAUUUAUAAUUGUCAUAAUGGAAGGUUAGCUCAGAAGUGAACAUUGCAGUUGGGAUUUUGCAAAGACCUCCAUUAGUGAAAUGGGUUCAAAGUACCACUUGGAGAUUUGAAGGAGUGGAGAGUGGAGAAAGAAGCCAUGCCUAGUCUUCAGAGGUUGCACAUUGAAUGGUGCAAACAAUUGCGGGCAGUUCCAGAUGGGCUUCAAGAGAUUACUACCCUCAAGGAAUUAAUAAUCAACUUUAUGCCGAGUUGAUUCUGCAGUAGGGUUGGGGAAGGAGGAUAGGAUUUCUACAAAAUCAAACAUGUGCCUUCUCUUAUAAUCACAAAUAUUGAUUAGACGAUGAGCCAGAACUGGAGGAAGCUGCAGGUGUGUCUCAAGUAGUUGCUGGUCGAGCUGGUGACUCAUUAGGAAUCAACUGUGGACGCUCCUCCUCCUCCUCCUGAUGAAAAAACAGAGGAAAUAUAAGCUGCUUCCACUCCUUAUUGAAAUCCACUAGUUCAUUCUAUAAACUAGUGGAUUAUGUGCGGAACACUAAAAUUGGGCCACAUGUUAUGUCCUUUUCUAACAUAAGCUUUGCUGUGAGUUGUCUCUCCUCCUUCCUCAAUCUUCAAGCCCGAGUUUCCCUCAUCGCUUCACACAGAUUAGUCACACAACUGAAGGAUGGAUUUAAUUGAAGAAGAAAUUACGGGGCUUUAUAGAGCUCGAAAAACAGUGAUGCAAAUGCUGAAAGAUUGGGACUAUGUAAUUUCAGAUCAGGAUAUCAACAUUACAUUGUCACAGUUUAAGAACAAAUAUGGAGAGAAAAUGAAAAGGGAAGACCUUACUAUGAAUAGAAGGAAGUGAGGUCACGGCUCUGAUCAGAUUUAUGUGCUUUUCCCUGAUGAACCAAAAGUUGGGGUCAAGACAAUCAAGAAUUACAUCAAAGGCUUUGUUCAGUAGGAUACGGACAAAGGCAUCGUGGUUAUCCGACAAAAUCCGACUUCUUUUGCCAAACUCUUCAUAAGUGAGAUGAGAUCAAAGUACUAGUUGAAUGUUUUCCAGGAGGCAGAAUUGUUGGUACAAAAGCAUGUUCUAGUUCCAGAGUAUUGGGAGCUUAAAAAUGAGGUAAAGAAGACUGUGCUGGAGGGGUAAACUGUGGAAGAAACACAAGGGGUGAACAGACUAUCUUUGCUGGAAAAGUUUCAGCAAUCUUGACUGGAGCACUCAAAAUGUCACGAAGUUUGAGGCUUUCCAGGAGUACAACACUAUUUGUAUCUAUAAUCCCAUAAUUUACAGUAUAGAUACUAAUAUCACUAGAUUAAAUAGCAAUGCACACCGCCAAGUUUUUCUUUUGAUUAGUUUA